UGAACCCUGAGGGCCUCUGCUUGGCCUGACCCUGCUCCAGGGGUUCUCUGUCCCCACUGACAGCAGAAAUGGCCAGUUUUUUGAGCUCUUCUCUGUCCAGCUGCCUCCCCUCACUCCUCCUCCUCCUCCUCCAACUGUCUUCCAGCUCUGCAGGACAGUUCAGAGUAAUAGGACCAGGGCACCCCAUCCGGGCGCUGGUGGGGGAUGAAGCAGAAUUGCCCUGUCGCAUAUCUCCAGGAAAGAAUGCUACAGGCAUGGAGGUGGGAUGGUACCGGUCCCCCUUCUCCAGGGUGGUCCACCUCUACCGAAAUGGCAAGGACCAAGAUGAAGAGCAGGCGCCUGAAUACCGGGGCCGCACGGAGCUGCUGAAAGAGACUAUUGGGGAGGGGAAGGUGACCCUCAGGAUCCGAAAUGUAAGGUUCGCAGAUGAAGGGGGUUUCACCUGCUUCUUCCGGGAUCAUUCUUACCAAGAGGAGGCAGCAGUGGAGUUGAAAGUGGAAGACCCCUUCUACUGGAUCAACCCUGGAGUGCUGGUGCUCAUUGCCGUGCUGCCUGUGCUCCUGCUGCAGAUCACUGUGGGCCUCGUCUUCCUCUGCCUGCAGCGCAGACUCAGAGGAAAACUUCGAGCAGAGAUAGAGAAUCUCCACCGGACUUUUGAUGCCCACUUCCUGAGGGUGCCCUGCUGGAAGAUAACCCUGUUUGUAAUCGUGCCGGUCCUCGGACCCCUGGUGGCCUUGAUCAUCUGCUACAACUGGCUACACCGCAGACUAGCAGGGCAAUUUCUUGAAGAGCUAAGAAACCCCUUCUGAAUGAUGUCGCAUCUUGGCAGGGGUGGAGAAGAGCCUUGUUGGUCCAAGGAUUGGUCCUCAGGGAUGUCGCAUCCAUCGAGUUGCACACUCACUGGCCUCUUCGCUCUGGGGACAUUUCAAUCUGCACUUUCAGGAGUGCUCUGAAUUCCAAAUAGGAUCAACUUCUCUUCUGUCAUCUGCCUUGUCUCUCCCUUUUCCCAGAUCCUUCCUUCCUCUGCCCCUUUAUGCUACCCACGUCUUUCUAUUCCUUAGUCUGUCUUCCAUCUGGAUGCCCCCUCUGGUUGCAGCCAGGCAGGUGCUCUACUCUCCAUCAGAGGGCAGCUGUGCUGCAGAGUAACACAGGCAAGAGGGUCUCUGCCAUGAACUGGAGACCAGGAACCUCCUCGUUGCAAAUUAUAGUAUGCCAGCUUUGCAAAUGGUGACUGUUUCUUCCAAGAUCUCAGCCCUGCUGGG